UAAGUCAAAAUAAUUUAUUAAAUACAACAAGAUUUUUAUAAAUACAUAUGAUUCUUGAAUUAUAUCCUCUCUACUUGUUCAAAAAUUAUUUUUGUUUCAAUUCCUCUCAAUAUUGACUUGAUGGAAGCUUAUACUGCUGUAAUUUCUCUUCUUAGAACUCUUGAUCAACCAUAUAUUUCAGAACUCUUUCAUGGUCGCACUGCUAAUGCGCUUGAUUCUCUUCGUGCUACAACUGAAUAUUUCCAUGAUGUUCUUGAAAAAGCUAGCAAUAAGAGUGGUGUUGACAUUGAAAAAAUCAAAUCUUUGGAGGAAGAAAUUAGAAUUGUUGUUAGUGAGGCAGAGGAUGUUGUUGAAAUGAAAAUUUCUGAAAUCAUCAAAGGCGACAGAUGGACAUUUCGAAUUUUACCACACCAUGAUAUGCUACCAGUUGUUGAAAAAAUGGAUACCACAAAGAAACAAGUGAUGGAGAUUCUUUCUCAUGAUGCUGAUCAAAUUCUUGAAUUAACUGGCGCUUCUUCUAUGAGUGAUCCAAUGCUGUCAGGUCACUUGAAAGAUGAUAUCGUGCAGGGACUUGAUGGUGACUUGGAGAUAAUAGAUAAAAGAUUGAGAGGACCAACGUCGUAUCUAGACAUUGUCACCAUAUCAGGUAUGGGUGGCAUUGGCAAAACAACACUCGCUAAAAAAACUUAUGAUCAUCUUCCAAUCAGGCAUCACUUUGACAUUUUUGUUUGGGUUACAAUAUCUCAAGAAUUUCGAUAUAGAAAUGUAUUGUUAGAAGCUUUACAUUGCAUUUCAAAGCAAAGAGUUAAUGUGAACACAAAAGAUUAUGAUAAGAUGAAUGACAGUGAGUUAGCUGAUCUGGUGCAAAAGAAACUAAAGGGUCCUAGAUACCUUGUUGUUGUUGAUGAUAUUUGGAGUAGGGAUGUUUGGGAUAGCAUAUCACAAAUAUUUCCUAAUCGCAACAAUGGGAGUCGAGUCUUAUUGACUACUAGGGAAACUGAUGUAGCAAUCUAUGCAAAUACUAGUAGCCAUCAUAAGAUGAACCUCUUGGAUUUAGAUAAUAGUUGGAAGUUACUCCGUGAUAAGGUGUUUGGACUAGAACACGAUCAUCCUCCCGAGUUGGAAGAAAUUGGAAAAAAAAUAGCAGAAAAAUGUCAAGGACUUCCCUUAAUAAUUUCAGUGAUUGCAGGGCAUCUCUCUAAAACGGUGCCCAAGACAUUAGAAAGUUGGAAGUAUGUUGCCAAAACCUUAAGUCAAAUCAUUGCUAGUCAUCCAAAUAAAUGCUUAGGAGUGCUCGGUUUGAGUUACCAUCACUUGCCUAAUCGACUCAAACCAUGCUUUCUUUCUCUGGGUGAUUUCCCAGAGGAUUUUCAAGUUGAUACUCGGAGAUUGAUCCAAUUAUGGAUCGCAGAAGGUUUCAUAAGGACGUCUUCUGGAAGUCGUGAAAGCUUGGAGGAAGUGGCUGAACAUUAUUUGGAGGAUCUUAUCAGCAGGAACUUGAUAAUGGCUAGAAAAAAGAGAUUCAAUGGUGAGGUAAAAGUAUGCGGAAUACAUGAUCUGCUGCGUGAGUUCUGUUUGAUAGAAGCUGAAAUGACAAAGUUUAUGCAUGUUGUGAGAAUUCCAUUGUCACCAGCACAAAAGCCUAAUUUUCGUCGCUUCAGUAUUCAAGAGUAUAUUGGGGAUGCUUAUAAGCUCUUACCCCGUGUAGCCAGAUCUAUCUACUGCUUUUCUUUCUUGGGUCUACCUAUUGAACCCCGUAUUAAGCUUCUCCCUAAAUUGCCCAUCUACCGUCAUGAUCCUAUAAUACAUGGAUUUUUCUCUUGUUUCAACCAUCUCAGGGUAUUGGCCAUCGUCCCUUGCUGCUUCCACUCAUUUCCACUUGUGAUUACAAAGUUAUUUCAUUUGAGAUAUCUCCAAGUUCGAUGUCUUGGAAAUAUUCCUGAAUCAAUCUCAAAGCUUCUGAAUUUGCAAACUCUAAUUUGUGAUGGUAAUUCUUUAGAGAUAACUUUAACUAGGAAGAUAUGGAUGUUGAAGAACUUGAGGUAUAUACGUGUAGGGGGAGUCACUUAUUUACCGAGUCCUAGAAUAGAUAACAAUCUUGUGAUAGGGAUGCCAAAUCUAGAGGAAUUUUUUGGUCUUAGUUACUCUAGUUGUACAAAUGAAGUCUUUUCUAGGAUCCCCAAUUUAAAGAGAUUGAUCAUUCCUGCACAUUUUAGCAUACUAAACAAUAUUCUGUAUCGUCCCUUCGAUAUGUCCAGCUUGACAAAACUUGAGACAUUCAAGUUUUACUGGAAAGAUUAUUUGGAAGACCCCAUCAAGAAAUUUGUUUUUCCAGAAUCACUUAGAAGAGUGUCUUUAACUUGGUGUUGUAAGUUUAUUUGGGAAGAGAUAUCAUCAACUUUUAUCAUGUUGCCACAUCUUGAAGAGCUCAAACUUAAAUAUUGUCGAGCCGAAGAUGAUGUAUGGAGAUUGACUGACAAAGACAUAUUCAGAAGCUUGAAGUUGUUGUUACUGAGCGAGCUAAAUCUUAAGGGUUGGGAAGCAAGCAGCGAUAACUUCCCUAAUCUAAAACUCCUUGUUCUGAAGAAAUGCAAGGACCUGCAAGAAAUUCCAACAGAUUUUGGGGAAAUUUGUACUUUGGAAUCGAUUGAGUUACAUGAUAGCAGCACUACUUCUGAGGAAUCUGCCAGAAAUAUCGAACAAGAACAAGAGGACAUGGGAAAUAAUAUCCUUAAGGUCUACAUCCAUAACAGCGACAGUAUCCAUAACAGCGACAGUAAUUGAAGCUUACUUUGAGGGAUCAUCUAAUGCUAUCUUCCGAAUUCAGAACCUUGUACUUCAUAUUUUUGUUUUUAUAUUCUGAUGGUUUGUUAAUUUCAUGUUUUAGGAAUAAGCAUGUUUAAUACAUGUAUCGGCCAAUUGUGUUUUUUUAUUUAUUUUGUAAACGGUAACUGUUGAUGUACUCGUGUAACAUCUAUUUUGUUUUAUGUGAUAGUUCGAAAUAAAUAAGGAUG